AUGACGUCCGCAGAUGCGGAGGCCGCAGCAGAUGUGUCGGCGAUGCGGCGCUACGCAGAGGAGGCACGUGCCGGUUCCUCUGCCCUGAGCGAUCUCACCUACGCUGAGCGGCAGACAAUGCUGCGCGCGGUGGCCAAGGCGCUGCAGACGAACGAGGCCCGCAUUCUCGAAGCGAAUCGGGAAGACAUGGCGGCGGGCAAAGCGAACGCCAUUGCAGACCCCCUGCUGAAGCGACUGGAGCUGACGCCGAGCAAGCUGGCCACUUUGAUAGAGGGAAUCUCGACCUUGGCGGACAUGCCAGAUCCGAUCGGGCAGAUUCUUUCUGCUCGUGAGCUGGAUAACAACCUGCUGUUGCUGAAGCAGACGGCCCCGAUUGGGGUGGUACUAGUUGUAUUCGAGUCCCGCCCUGAAAGUCUCCCGCAGAUCGCCUCUCUCGCCCUCUGCUCCGGAAACGGGCUUCUUCUCAAGGGUGGGCGCGAGGGAGAGCACUCGAACGCGGUGCUGCAUGACUUGAUCGUUUCAGCUGUGGAGUCCAGCACGCAGGGGCGCGUGCCGCGAGGGAUAAUUGGCCUCGUUACGAAUCGUGCUGACGUAUACAGCCUUCUGCAGCUGGAUGAGCACAUUGACCUUGUCGUGCCUCGCGGAAGCAACGCGAUGGUGCAAAACAUUCAGCGCUUCACCCGCAUUCCGGUGCUGGGUCACGCCGAUGGCAUCUGCCACGUAUACGUACACAAGGACGCAGACGUGGACGCGGCGCUGGCGGUGGCGAUCGAUGCAAAGCUGAACUAUCCGGCAGCGUGCAACGCGUCAGAAACGCUGCUGCUGCACCGCGAUCUUCUCCACUCCCCCGCACAUGGCACCACAGCGGCGCAGUUCCUUGUCAAUGGCAUGACAGAGGCGGGUGUGUCCUUCUACGCCGGCCCGCAGGCGAUCGCUGCGGGGCUGGCAAGUGAGCCGGCGGCUUCUCUUCACAUGGAGUACGGCGAUGCGCACAUGACAGUGGAGGUUGUCGACGACUUGGCGGCGGCUAUCGCGCACGUGAACCGGCACGGCUCGCACCACACAGACGCCAUUCUCACCGUUGACAAGGCUGCCGCAGCGGAGUUUCAGCGGCGGGUCGAGAGCGCCUGUGUGUUCCACAACUGCUCUACUCGCUUCGCUGACGGGUUUAGGUUCGGUCUCGGUGCGGAGGUGGGCAUCAGCACCGCCCGCAUUCACGCUCGCGGCCCAGUCGGUGUCGAGGGACUGCUGACCCAAAAGUGGGUCUUGAAGCCGAUGGCGUCGUCGCCUGAGGCAACAGCGGACAGCGUCGCUGCAGCUGCGGCCAACGUGCCGUACGCAACGGUGACGGAGUUCCAGAAGGGGCAACGUGUCUUCACUCACAAGGAUGUCACCCGAAAGCUUCAGGAUGAAGCCGCAGGGUGGCGAUUGCAGGCGUGA